CGUUGGCUAAUUAACUUAUCCAAUUAUGAAUGACGUUAAAUUAACAAGAAAAAAAAAAUCUGCGUAGAAUCUAUAAGACAGAUUUUACCUGUAAAAUGGAGCAAAUUUCUUUUAGGUUUAUAAAUGUGCCACAAAUAAAGGGGAAAUUGUAGAAAAUUUUAAAUAUUAGAAAUAGUUUUUAUGAUGAUUCCUUUGGCAUUGAAGAAGGCUUAAUUUAAUAAAGCAUGCAAAUUUUAAAUUUAUAAUUUGCAUAUAACGUCUGGUAAUCCAUAAGCACCCUAAGAAUGAAUGUUUUUGAAGCCAAGUUGGAAUAUCAGACUUACUGUUCACACCGCUUCAUGAGAAAAGACGCCUCUCGUUUCAUAUGGAAAUUCUUACCUCUGACCUGACGACUUGUCCACUGUGGAGCAGCUGAUCAGGGAAACCUCUCCAACUCUGGGCGCAAAUUUUGUUUCAGCGGUGUCUCAUUUUCGCUGGUGUUUUCAAACUCUCGCUGAGGGGCUGGAUGUAGAAGUGAUGCUUGGGGUAAAUGAUCUCUAUUGGAGGUUUUCGCGCCUUGCAGUUUACACAUUACUGUGGUGGAAUCUCUAUAAAACACUUUAGACUGUCUCGAGGGCGUCGCCACUUUCUGGGCAUCAGACUGAAGUAAAGUUGUUUUUUUUUUAACACACUGAUAUGCAAUUGUAGAAAGCCUGUAAUAGAAAUUCCACAAAACAUUCAUAUAUUACAAGUUUAUACUUACAAUUGAGUGUGUUUUCCGUGGUAAUUUAAGAUUCUUUUUAGUGCUAUUGUUUCUGUUAAGUCAAAAGUAAAUAUCUCCUUUUUUUUCUUUGAGCAUGUGAGUGUGACGGGCUCGUUGCAGCAGUUGUUCACACUGGUCAGAAAUCCGUCAUGGCUGCAAGUGUGAAUUCUUUGCUGCUUGCUCCAAAGAAAACAAAGAACAAAAAACCAAAAACAAAAACAAAAACAAGAAUUGAGCAGCAGUGAAUUGGGAUUUUACUUCUUUCAUUCCUAAACAUCUUUCAACACCCACGCUUUCCUUUAUCCCUGGCACAGCCACUGCAAUAAACUAACAAGGCUAUCCAAUUUCCCGUCUUGAAAUAAGAGCUUUUUAAUGUAUUUUUAGAGAGGCAGAAAGAAGUUAGCGCACAGUGAUGAAUUAGAUUUCAAUUUAUUUGACUUCAUUCCCAGCUUGCUGCAUUAGAGCCUGCAAACAGCCAUCUCUGGCGGUCCGUCCGCUUGAUUCUUAUUAGGUUUCAGAAAACAAGGCGCGGGAAUUGCAUUAGUGUAUCUUAAGUUAAAAGCUCCUUGCUCUUUGACCAAGUGUUUCAUUGUUAUUGGGUUAAUCAGAUUUUUGCUGUCUUCAUGGAGAUGCUAUCGCAGGUUAGAGGCAGUGGGCUUUGUUGUCCAAAUCAUUAGAGAGAUUCCUGAGUCCAAUGGCCACGCUGGAGACCUCUCAUUUCUGGCUGCUGAAUAGAAUGGCCGCUGAUGAACGGCAUCUACCGUCCAGCUGUGGGUCCUACAUCAAAACAGAGCCAUCCAGCCCCUCCUCGGUCAUCGACACGGUCAGCCACCACAGUCCCAGCGGAAAUUCGGACGCCAGCGGCGGCUAUGUCAGUACCAUGAACAGCCACUCUAACGGCCUGGACUCUCCACCCAUGUUCACCCCCGGUGGGCUCGGCGCCGGCUCCUGCCGCAAGCGCUACGACGAUUGCUCCAGCACCAUCAUGGAGGACUCGUCCAUAAAGUGCGAAUACAUGUUAAACUCCCUCCCCAAGAGGCUGUGCCUGGUCUGUGGAGAUAUAGCCUCGGGGUAUCACUAUGGGGUAGCUUCUUGUGAGGCCUGCAAAGCCUUUUUUAAAAGGACAAUACAAGGUAACAUAGAAUACAGCUGUCCUGCCACAAACGAAUGUGAGAUCACAAAACGGCGACGCAAAUCAUGUCAGGCUUGUCGCUUCAUGAAAUGCCUCAAAGUGGGGAUGCUCAAAGAAGGUAAGAAGAGGGUUCGUUUGGACCGAGUGCGAGGGGGCAGACAGAAGUACAAGCGGAGGCUGGACACAGAAAACAACCCAUACCUGGGUUUGACGCUCCCCCCUCCUACUAAAAAGCCUCUCACAAAGAUAGUGUCUCACCUGUUGGUGGCCGAGCCAGAAAAGAUCUACGCCAUGCCUGACCCGACCAUGCCAGAGAGUGACAUCAAGGCUCUCACCACGCUGUGUGACCUGGCUGACCGCGAGCUCGUGGUCAUCAUUGGCUGGGCCAAACACAUCCCAGGCUUCUCCACCCUCUCUCUGGGAGACCAGAUGAGCUUACUGCAGAGCGCCUGGAUGGAAAUCCUCAUCCUCAGCAUCGUGUUCCGCUCGUUGCCGUACGAGGACGAGCUGGUGUACGCCGAGGACUACAUCAUGGACGAGGAGCACUCGCGGCUGACGGGCCUGCUCGACCUCUAUGUCUCCAUCCUGCAGCUGGUGCGGAAGUACAAGAAGCUCAAGGUGGAGAAGGAGGAGUUCGUGACCCUCAAAGCCAUUGCUCUCGCCAACUCAGACUCCAUGCAUAUAGAAGACAUGGAGGCAGUCCAGAAACUGCAGGACGCUCUCCACGAGGCCCUUCAGGACUUCGAGAGCAGCCAGCAUCAGGAGGACCCGCGACGGGCUGGCAAGCUGCUCAUGACGCUGCCCCUGCUGAGGCAGACUGCAACUAAGGCUGUGCAGCACUUUUACAGCAUUAAGGUGCAGGGCAAGGUGCCCAUGCACAAACUCUUCCUGGAGAUGCUGGAGGCCAAGGUCUGAUUGGAGGCUGAGGGCUGCAACAUUAAGACAGAGAGUGACUUGAAUCAUGGCUGAGGGAUCUCAGGAGACAGAAUCGGCCAUGUAGUUUGCAAAGCAGAGACUGACAACUCCUCCUCUUUGCGGAACCUUGGGACUUUAAAUUCAAAACAGAAAAAAAAACAAGUGGAAAACUUGGGUUAUUAGUAUAAAUAUAAAAUGAUGCAGAUUAAUUUAAAAUAUAUAAUAAAUACUAUGUACAGUAAUAAUUUUCUUUUUGUAAUUGUCAGUGGUUAUGCUCUAUAUGAAGGAUCUUCCUGCCCCUUUGCAUCUUCAGAACAAGUAGAAUGUUCCUAAAAAAAAAAAAAAAAAAAUGUUGUUCUGAAGAAAGCAAAGGCGUCAACAACCAUAAGCAGACUCGUGUGUUGUUUUUUUUUUUUUUUUUUUCGUCUGGACUUAACCAGGACAUGUAAAUAAUUACUACUUGGAAAGCUGAGUGUACAGUUCGAAAUCUGACAAACUUGGUAACCAUGUUUUCUUCUUCUCUUCCUGCAAAAGAAAAAAAAUGUAAAAAAAAAAAAAUAAGAGAGAGAAAUAAGGAAAAUUGUUACCUAAAUGUGAACUCUUAUCAAUUAAAUGUCCUUGGAUUAAUAUACCUCUCCUGAGCAGUAAGCAGUGUGAUCUUAGUGGAUCCUUCUCAGACUGAAAGACUCGCUGAAUCCAUGUUUAACCAACCUAGCAUAGGCAGGUAAAAUAGUCUUAUGUAGUAAUUCAGCAAUAAGAGGAACUGUGGGAAAGCCAGGCUUAAUUUCCAGUGUUUCAUGUGCUUUUUUUUGCUGCUGUUGCCUAAAGAACAUGCCUGUUCAUAGUCACUUUCACCUGUGCGAGUCACCACUUGUUCCCCUGUUGUACACUCAUAUUUCUCUAAUGAAGAAGUUUGUGUUGGUGCUUCUCAAGCACUAAACCCCCAGAUUCAGCUGUCGCUUAAGCCUGUGGAAAUUGCUUCUUGACAUGCAAAUAGAUGACCGGAUUCAGUCUAGGUGAAAGAUAAUCAGCGGUUUCGGUGUGGAAGUUUCAAAGGAUUUUAGAAGUCUAUGAGAUUCCUUGUUCAAACAAUCAGAGGCCUAUAUGUCAACCACGCUAUUUUGGGCUCUUUGAGCCAGAGGGAGCAAGGUGUCCAGCAUCUGCUCUCACCAUUUUAGACACCUUCUAUCUUUUAAUAGCGGCGCCUGCAUUUAUGGGGCUUCAGCUGAAUGGAGGUAAAUAGCAGGUGCAAAGCAGGAGCUGCGACGCUUCACACCGGGUUUAUUUUUACCCAGCGGGGGGCCAAUGUGGGGGUGUGUGGGGGGGGGCGGUUGUCCGUACAGCCUCUGGACCAGGAGUACAAUGAACACGUGGACCACUCUUUGACCUCAUGUUGACACGGUGGCCGAUGCAGAAUAACACCCUUCCCAUCGGCAUCCGUGAGAAUCUCGAGCGCCCGAUCAUGCACAUGUGAACAGCUAUGCAAGAAACAAAGUGUGCAUGCCUCAAAGGGCAGCGGUGUGUCUGUGCAAGGUGUGAUCUCUGGUGGGGGGAAAAUUGUCCUGCUUCUCCCCGUGUUUAGGUCCAUUACGCUAAGUGUAAGUAAUGCUUCAGUGCCAUCCGCCGCCCUCCACGUGCAGGGGAAUGUGCUGGUAGGGAAUGCUUAUACUGCUGUAGUGAUAAAUUGUGGCUAUGUCACAACAAUAUGAUACUGUGAUCAAAGGAAUCCCUGACAUUGCAUAGGUUAGAGUUGCGGCUACGCUUGUGAUAUCAAAGGCUAGCGGCGAUCGAGCGGUCAGCAGCUGCCUGAAUGGCCACUUAAUGGAGAAUAACUACUCCCCAGAACAUCCUACACCUCCCUACUUGAACUACCCAGUGAACAAACGCUGCUGUAGAAGGUGAAAUUUAAGUUGUUUUACUGUUGUGCAAUACAGCAGGGACCAAUUCUGACUGAAAUCAUGCUAAAGGCAUGUGUUUAGAGAGCAUAUUCAAAAUCUUUUAGAUAGGAAACAGUGUAAUUAGAUUUUAUUUGCACCUAUUUCAGUUAAAAUUGCAAUAAAAAGAAAGGGAUGGCAAAGAAAAAAAAUCAAAUAGAGGAAUGAAUAAUUGCAACAGUUUUUCUCCUACAAAAUGACACUGUGUUACGUAUAAGACUUAUGUUAUAGGCAUGGGCCAGUGUGAGUUUCAACUUGAUUAGAAAUAUCACCGCUACAAGGUAUCACGGUUGUAACAAAGCGAUUUAAAACUCAAACACACCAUAAGAUCUAAAUGCUUUUUAUGCGAUUCCCAACUGUAAUUUUAAAAUAGAGUUCUCAUAAUAAGAGCUAGUUAAACUUCCACAACAUCCCCUUAUGGAGACUUUUAACUGCAGAAACAAAAAUAUGGGAACUUGCAGCCACAUUGGGAAGAGAAUGCUUACCGUGAUAAAUUGUGACUAUCAUAAUGUUUUGAUACUGUGAUCAAAGGAAUUUCAGACAUUGCACACGUUGUAGUGGCCACACAAGCCCAUAUGUUGUUCAUCCAACUCUCCCCUACUUGCUCUUGCCACUGUGCAACUAAAUAACUAAAUAAUGUAGUUAUUUUAAUGUUGUGCAAUACAGCGAGGACCAGUUUUGACUGAAAACACUCGAAGUGCUUUUAGAGUGAGCAACAUUUUAAAUAAUUUUUCUUAUAUUUGAAAUCAUUUAGGUCAAAACAAUGCAAACUUUAAUUUGCACUUACGUCAAUAAAAAAUUUUUAAUUAGCAAUUUCUUUGUAAACAAAAUUUUAUAGAUGUUCAAAAUUCUUGGGAGUAAUUUUGAACUUUUGAUCAUUUUUCUCUGCAUUGUGACACUGCAGUAAGUGAAAGACAGAACUGGCUUUAAAGUUUUUUAAAACACAAAUGUACAGCAUGAUCACUUGAUUUGAAACAGCUUGCCAUAUAUUAUUAAGAGUGACGGCUGGUCCAUGCUUUCCAGAAAUAAUAUGAAACUUUCAACUCAGUCGUUUUUGUAAGUGUAAGAAAAACCUAAAAGGUUUCUUUAGGCCAGAUCAUAGGUGGUGUUCAGCAAUAGGUGGGGGAAGGGCAGCAGUGCAUUGCUCUAUGCACCACAUAACCAGAGAAAACUCCGUUCAGUCAGACAAUUUUCUCUGGCAACUAAUUAAAAUAACUUUAAACCAUAGGAAUGGUAUGGAUUCUGAGUUUUUAAAAAAGUCUGGAUUAGAGUAACCGGCCCAUGCCUACAUACAAGUUGUUUCUGUAAGUGUAUUGUAAAUAUAUUAGCAUCAAUAACAGUAGGUUGCCGAAAUACCACUGGAGAACUAAGUAUGCAGCGCCCCGCUGGCUACUACCUCAUCAACAUAUUAUCAACGUUCCUCUGGUUCAACUUUCUGCUCUCAUCUGUGACAUACCUGAGCCAUUAUUGUUUUUAUCAACCACCACCAAAAAAAAAAAAUAAAUAAAUAAAUAAAUAAAUAAAUAAAAUCUUUCAGUGCUCCUGCCAAAACAUUUGUAAUUGUAGUCAUGUUUCUUCUUAUCCCACUCAUUCUUCACAGGCGUUUGUAAAGGUAAAGCAUGCUUCAUGUCGACCGUACAACUUUACCGUUAGGGUGGAGCAAAGUGGGUGUGUGUUUAUAAGAGCAUUGUUGUGUCAGAAUUGGUCCCUUGAGAGAAACUGCAAACAGGGAGCAGGUAACUGAUUUCCUGCGUCUGUGUUGAGUAUUUAUGGUGUGAAAUAUAUCAUUUGGCAAUGGUGUACAUUGAUAUCUCUGAUUGUUGAAUCACCAAUAUCUGUGUAACUUCUGUUUUGAUUUUCAAAAAGGUAAAGGAUCAAUGAAUUAAAUACUCAAUGAACUCUA